UAGGCGGAUUCUUUAUUGUCGGAGUCACCGGGAGGGGGAGUGGAUAGAGAUUUCAGGAAUAGAGCUGUUGGGCGCUCUGUUGAGGAUGGGGUCUCAAAAUCUCCUCUGGCCUGGCCUCCGCCUCUCACUGGCUCAGAAAUUUGGGGGCGAGCCCCAGGGCGGUGGGCGGGAUCCACCCAGCGACCACACCCCGCAGCACCCUCUCCUUCACCCUGGACAGUUUGGACCCUCCAGGCCCCAGGACAGGGUCUCCCAUGGGAAGGUGGCGGAGGCGAGGCUGGCUCUCGGGGUCCCCCGCCACCGCGCCGACCCCAGAAGCGACCCCAGUGGGGGUCCCGGUUGGGAGGGGCGGGACACCGCCCCGCCGGCGCGUCCGGCUCCGCCCCCCUGGGAGACUAUUUAGUCCGGGAGGUGCUGGGGCUCUGGCCCCAGCACUACUCUGGGCACAAGGUGACGGAGGAGGCGCCCGCACCACCUGCCGGAGACUCUCCCGCCCGCUGCCUGUCGGAGACCCUCGCCAACUGACCGACCGGCUCCAGUCUACGCCCCGAGGCGCCCGCGGAAGCGUUGCGGGCCUGGGGCCGCCCCCAACACCUGCCCGGCUCGCCGCCCCCUCCAGCCCCGCCCGCAUGGCCCGGCUCCUGACGGUCACCCUCGGUUGCAUCAGCCUCCUCUACCUACAGCUCCCAGGCGCGCUGUCCCUCAGCCUGGCCGGGAGCCGGCCGCCCACGCGACUCAGGGAGCCCCCAGCCCGGACACCUGCCAGCAGCUCGCAGCCUCGGUACCCUGCAGCCCUUCCUGCAGUCUGGAAGCUACACCAGGCCCUCCAGCCCAAGAAGAGUGCCAGCCUGGUGCCUGCCAGGGGUCAGCCUCUCCGCAGUGGCCCCCGCCGACACUUGGGUUCCCGCAGGCCUAGAGCCCAGCUCCUGCGUGUGGGCUGUGCGCUGGGCACCUGCCAGGUGCAGAACCUCAGCCACCGCCUGUGGCGGCUCGUCGGGUCGGCCGGCCCCCGGGACUCAGCCCCCGUGGACCCCAGCAGCCCCCACAGCUACGGCUGAGCCGGGGGGCAGGCCUGUCCCAGCUAGGAUGCUGCACCCCAGCCCCAGGGCUGCAGCUGAGCCCCCAGCCCAGAGCGCCUGCGGAGAGAAGCCCCUAGAAGGGCAGUGCAGGCACCAGCCAACACCCCUGCCCCACUCUUCCCCGCCACGUUCUGCAGCAACCAGCCUCCAAUUGCUGUGGACUUAGAGGCCCACGUGGGGGCCCAGCGGGGUCUGAUCACCCAGGGGCUCUGCACUGAGAGAGGGUAACACUUGGAGGACGGAGCUGAGAGGAGGCGGCUGGCAACAUUAAAUGCCAGAACGGGGCACAGAGUGGGUCUGCCGAGGACGUGGGGCAGACAUCAGGGACCUGAGCGCCCUGGGCCUACUCUGGGCCAUGGGAGAGAGGGACUCUGGGUUGGCCACUCGUCCUGACAUGGCAGGGUUAGGGCUGGGCUGCUCUGCUCCAGUUGGGUCCAGGGUAGCAACAGAGACCUCUACCUGCACCCAUGAGGGCAGCUGGGGAGAGGGUGGAGGGGUCCUGGAGCUAGGCAGAGCACUCUUCCCACCCCCCAGGGCAGGGUGGGCAUGGGGUAGGGUGGCAAUUCUCCCAGCCCAAAUCUCUCAGUUAAGGCAGAACCUUAGCUCAAGGUGUGUAGGGGUGGCCGACCAAGGGUCAGGGCUCCGCAGGCCACAGGGGCUCCCUGAGCACCCCCUGCCCAGUGUGGGGACCUGAUGGGAACAGGCCCCGGUUAUCAAUGGACAAGUCAGCCAGAGGCAGAGUCUGGAGUGGGCAGGGUGGUGGCUGGGGGAGGAGUUACACGCUGGGAGCCAGAGCCUUCUGUCCUGGCACCCGGGUCUCACGGGGUUCAGAAGGGCUAUUUCCCUGAUUCAGCAGAUGUUUCGUGCAGCACUUAAUUUGUCGACGUUUGCCAUGUCACCCUUUCGGCCGCUGAGUGAGGGGAGCACCACCUUUACCCCAACUCCCAGCCAGAGAGCAGGGCCGGGCCUGUGGGCACCGCAGUGCCCACCCACACAUCCUGAGCUGGGCGCCCCGCGGGUGGGGGCUCCCUGUCCUUGUGCUGACUCCUCCGGCUCCUGGCUCCCCUCCCCUCCACCGGGCGGCGGGAGGUCAGCCUGGGCUGGUCCCUGCCCGGCUCAGGGGUGAACGGAGAGCAGCCACAGCAGCUUGGAUGCCGUGCGGAGGCUGGAAUAGGCACUUGCCGGGUCUGGAGAGGCCUGUGGUCACUGAGGGGUGUCGGAAGAGUGGGUAGGGAGGGUGGGCCGUGAGGGCCAGAGGGGCUCCGGGAUGAAGAAGAGGAGGCCCCAGGAAGGCCGGGUCGGGGAGUCAGGAGCUCAGCUGGGCAAAACCCCCCGCAGCCCCAGCCCUGGGGCAAAGUCCCCGCGGUACAGUGCCGGAUGCUCGCCGGCCGGGAACACGGCCCCAGAUGGCACCUCCACGAGGCGUCACCGCCUGCCAGGCGGCCCCCAGGGCUGUGGUGCCCGGCGCCCCCUCCCCCCCGCCAGGUGCGUCUUGAGCCUUGGGCCGUUUUCCUUGGGUUGCCUGUCACGGUCACAGCAUCACACUGGUGUCCACAUGGCCUCCAAGCUCCAGGCCAUGUUCCGGCCGCCUGUCCGACAGCCGGCUUGGAGACCUGGGGGACGCCCGCGGGGACCCCACCCACCCACCCCCUCCCACUGCUCCCGCUCUGGCCAGAGCCUCUUGGUCCUGCCCCAUCUCCCGCCCUCAUCCAGACCCGCCGGCCCUUUGUUCCUUCCCUUGACCCAAGCCACAAACUUGUCUUUGGCGUGAUGGGUCCAGUCUCCCCCCUGGCGUUCCCCUCUCCAUCCCUGAAGCAAAUAUUUGUGGAGCACUUGUAGAAACAGCAAGUGAAACAUCAGCCCCCACCCAGAGACGGACACGUCCGCGGGAGAACCGGAGGAAACCGACCUCAGGAGCACAGAGAGCGAGGGAUGCCCGGCCGCAGGGUGCGGGAGGCGCCGCGGCUCACGGGGCUGAGAGCGCUCUGCCAUUUUAAACGGGGGGCCAAGCACCCCCAGCUGACUCUCGCGAGGGCAGGAGGAGCCGCGUGGAGAAGCCCUGGCCCACUGCCCUCUCCUGGCCCAGGCUGCGCCCUGACCUCAGCCUUCUCCAGAGCUCAGCCUGUCUCCGAUGACACCACCAUCAGCUCCAGGCCGUGCUGUGUGUACGGCCGAGCCUGGCCCUCGCGUGACCCGGGCCGUGAGUUCAUCUCUGCCCUGACUGGAGAUGGAGCCUCAGCCCCGGAGCCUGACAAAGAUCUCCUGAGCCUCUCUGAGCCAUCAACCUCGCCCAGUGUUGGCAAGAAUCCCACCCUGAACAGAAUCCUGUCAAGUCGGUUUAGCAAGGCUGCCCCGACCCUUGACCCCUGCCCAGCCCCCCACCCCCACCCCAGGGCUGUGAAACCCCAGCUAACCUUGCUGUGUUCCCGUGGACCAUCUGAUCAUCUCUCCCAUCUCGCAAUCAUGAAUGAAGUCUUCCAUCCCUUCUGAAUGAGUGUCAAAGGUCACUUCCCUGGAGGUCUCAUGGUUAAGGACCCUGACAGGGAACCAAGACCCCACGCGCCAUUGAGCACCUAGCGGGGGCACUGCCGCUGCUGAGCCCUGCAGCCAAGACCCCGCUUGGCCAAAUAAAUAAAUAUUCUUUAAAAAAUGUCAAAAA